GAGCCCGCCGGGCCCGCGCCGGCCGGCCAGCGCCUGUCCUAUGAGCGUGUCCCUGGUGGUCCUCCGCCUGGAACUCGCCGAGCACUCGCCCGUCCCCGCCGCCUUCGGCUUCAGCGCGGCGGCUGGGGAAAUGUCUGAUGAGGAGAUCCAAAGGAAGACGCUAGCAUCAGCUGGAGCCUGUUUGGAAGGGAAGUCAGCAGGCGAGAAAGCAGCAAUCAUACACCAGCACCUUGGCCGUCGGGAAAUGACAGAUAUGAUUAUUGAGACCAUGAAGUCCAGUCCAGGUGAGUUGAAAGCUACAGAAACUUCUUCCACUGCACAGAGAAAUAAAGAUCAAAGUAAAGAAUGCAUGAACACUGCUCCAGAUUCUCCAUCUAAACAACUUCCAGAACAGAUUUCAUUCUUCAGUGGAAAUCCAUCAGUUGAAAUAGUACAUGGUAUUAUGCAUCUAUACAAAACAAAUAAGAUGACCUCCUUAAAAGAAGACGUGAGGCGCAGUGCCAUGCUGUGUAUUCUCACCGUCCCUGCCACAAUGACCAGCCAUGACCUUAUGAAGUUUGUUGCCCCAUUUAAUGAAGUAAUCGAACAAAUGAAAAUCAUCAGAGACUCUACUCCAAAUCAGUAUAUGGUGUUGAUAAAGUUUAGUGCACAGACUGAUGCAGAUAGUUUUUAUAUGGCAUGCAAUGGCCGCCAGUUCAACUCAAUAGAAGAAGACGUUUGCCAGCUGGUCUACGUGGAGAGGGCGGAAGUGCUGAGAUCCGAGGACGGUGCCAGUCUCCCUGUGAUGGACCUGACGGAGCUUCCCAAGUGCACAGUGUGUCUAGAGCGCAUGGAUGAGUCUGUGAAUGGCAUUCUCACAACAUUAUGCAACCAUAGCUUCCACAGCCAGUGCCUGCAGCGCUGGGAUGAUACCACGUGUCCUGUUUGCCGGUAUUGUCAAACCCCAGAGCCAGUGGAGGAAAAUAAGUGUUUCGAAUGUGGUGUUCAGGAAAACCUUUGGAUUUGUUUAAUAUGUGGCCACAUUGGAUGUGGACGAUAUGUAAGUCGACAUGCUUAUAAGCACUUUGAGGAGACUCAGCACACCUAUGCCAUGCAGCUCACCAACCAUCGUGUCUGGGACUAUGCUGGAGAUAAUUAUGUACAUCGACUGGUUGCAAGUAAAACUGAUGGGAAAAUAGUCCAGUACGAAUGUGAAGGUGAUACUUGCCAGGAAGAAAAAAUAGAUGCCUUACAAUUAGAGUAUUCAUAUUUACUAACAAGUCAGCUGGAAUCUCAACGAAUCUACUGGGAAAACAAAAUAGUUCGGAUAGAGAAGGACACAGCAGAGGAGAUUAACAACAUGAAGACAAAAUUUAAAGAAACAAUUGAGAAAUGUGAUAACCUGGAGCACAGACUAAAUGACCUUCUAAAAGAAAAGCAGUCCGUGGAAAGAAAGUGCACCCAGCUGAACACGAAAGUGGCGAAACUCACCACGGAGCUGAAGGAGGAGCAGGAGAUGAACAAGUGCUUGCGCGCCAACCAAGUGCUCCUGCAGAAUCAGCUGCAGGAGGAGGAGCGGGUGCUGAAGGAGACCUGCGAGCAGAAGGACCUGCAGAUCACCGAGAUCCAGGAGCAGCUGCGCGACGUCAUGUUCUACCUGGAGGCGCAGCAGAAGAUCAACCAUCUGCCCGCCGAGACCCGGCAGGAAAUCCAGGAGGGACAGAUCAACAUCGCCAUGGCCGCAGCCCCCAGUCCCCCCACCUCGGGGAGCAGUGGGAAGCUGUCCAGCAGGAAGGGCCGCAGCAAGAGGGGCAAGUGACCCUUGGAGCCACCCACUGCCCUGAGACUCUUUCCCUGGAAUCCCGACUGUGCUGGGGCCGUCAGCUCCCUGUUAGGGCUGCCCUAAAAAGUCCAAGUGAGCUUCGAGCCAUGGCCGUUGGGUCUUUUCUUUGCUGGUGUGUGGUUCAGCGAGUGGUGAUGUUGCCAAGUAGGAGAGCGGAUGGCAGGGGCCAGGAUGCUACAAGGGGUCUGCUUUUCAUCCUGUCCUUAGAUGUUUUGUCUGAGGUCCACGAGGUCCUAGUGGACAUUUUGCCUUUCUACUUGAUAGCUGCUCCAACUCCGCUGUGUUUUUUUUUCCCUUUCAUUGUAUUUAUUGACUUGUAUAUUUGACUUUCGUUUUUGUUUUCUUUUUUUGGUGACCUCAAAGGCAACAUUACCUCGCACUACAGCACCAAAUCUUCCUGAAGUCAGUGUGGCUGCUUUAAAGAGAGGUGCCCAUUGACUUCUGAGGAGUCACAAAAAUUUCCUGGCAAUUUCUCUUCCCUGGUCUGCCGCCCUGCCUGCCUUUCAGGAAUUGAAGAAUGGGCUGGAUGCUGUAGAGAACGACUGGGUCGGAAGCUGCCGGCACCAGCUGGCCUCCACAAUACCUGCAGCUUCUCUUCCUUGCUCCAGGGCCAGCCAGGAAAGCUCAGGAGCCAGGGCACAUUGAGAAGCUCCAGGGUGGGAAAAUUGGUGUUUCCUUUUGUUUUGUUUUUGAUGAUUCCACACUUCAGUCUGAAAGUCAAAUACGUUGUCUUCAUGGUACUCUUGCACUCGCAUCUCAAGAGUAGAUUCCCUAGCAUCGAGCAAGAAUAAGCAGGCAGAUUUAUCACCCCUGUGAAAGUAGAGAGCAAGGCCUCUGGCUGGUUGUGUGUUUUGCUGGGAUCAGUAUUUUCUGAAUGUUCACAAAAGAUUGGGCCGCAGCUAGAGGGAGCUUGGGCAGAUUUCCAGAUAUAACCAAAGGCUGUGUCUAAACCCGAAAAUUAGAAUCUCAACAGAGCUCCCCCAACCACAUACGUAAAAAUAGAGAAUGCUCGUUGUGGGUCAACAGAAAAAGGCUGUGUAUUUUAUCUAGAGCAAGAAAUGUCCAAUAGGGGCCGGAGCCAUGGUGCAAGCGAUAAGGUAUUUGCCUUGCAUGCACUAACCUAGGACGGAUCG